AUGGCGGAUGAAUACCUGCUGCAAAAGGUCCACGGCCUGAGUGACCUCGAACUCGCCGUGCUCCUGUGCCUCAUCGGCCGAGAACAUGGAAUCCUCAGCACCCCGGCGGAGGCCAUCGAUGACCUCGUUCAGGAGCUCCUGCUGAUCGCCCGCAAGACAUUUGGACUCGAAUGCGCCGUCGUCGACUGCGAUGCCGAAACGACGCUCGAAGCCUUCGCAUCCGCCCUCCUCCAUCCGGACAUGUCCACGGCCGAUGCGUCAUCUCAGCCGCGCCCCGCAUCAUACUUUUCCUCGGACCCAACGAAGCACUCUUCCUCCUUGCCCGUCACGGCCGGUCCGACGGGCCAAAUCGCCAACUGCAUCCUCGCCAAGAACCUCAAUCGUGCGCCCCGCCUCGUCCAGAUCCAGGCCCUCGAGCUGCUCCGCACGCGGCGCAUCUUCACCCGCACCGCUGUGCAGACUGCGCCGAAGCAGUUUGUCUUUUUGCCUCUGCUUGAGGCCCGAAGUGGUGGCGAGGCCCACGUGACGGCUCACCUCAACGACUUUUUCGCCCUCGCCCAUUGGCACGAUCCCGACGAUGGCUUCGUAAAUCUUGACGAGCUCGAUGACGGGGAGGCCGAUGAGCUGGCUUCCACGGGCAGUGUCGUUAGAAGUAGGCACAUGAGCGACGCCACCUCAGCGGUAGCGGAGCCGCUGCUAUCCGACGCCGAGAUUGGCCAGCUGGCGCAGCUGAGCAAAGAAGUUCAGGUCGAUCUCGAUGUGUUGCGGUACCAGAUGAACAUCAUCUCCUUUCUCCGGAUGCAUCGUGCCGUCGCCAGCGGCACAACGCCGACGGCGACGAAGCAUUUCGACAUGCUCGUCCGGUGCCUCGCCCCAUUGCACGGCCUCGACUAUGUGACGCCUGCUCUCGUCGAGCUGGCGGCAAGGAGUGUGUAUCUGCAUCGCAUUCAAAUCACGGAGCCCGAGAAGGAGCGAAGCUUGCAGUGGGGCAGCAGUCUCGAGGCGGUGCGAGCGAUACUCGUUGACCUCGGCCCGGAAGAUGUCAUAGACGAGGUGUUGGAGACGGUAACGGCGCCUCUGUAG